CAAAAUGUUCAAGAUCCUACUCCUGACAGUCUUCAUCGCCCUUGCGGCAGCCGGCGGCAGCGACGAAUCACAUGCUGAGAUCGAGUCCCUGAAGUCCGAUGUGCGCCCCGAUGGCUUCGACAUUCAACUGAAGACAACAAACAACAUCGAUCAAUCGGCCAGCGGUGAUGUCCAUGGAAACAUUCAUGGUGCUUUCGGCUGGAUCUCACCCGAGGGCGUGCAUGUGGAUGUUAAAUAUGUCGCCGAUGAGAACGGCUACCAGCCACAGAGCGAUUUGCUUCCCACUCCCCCACCAAUUCCAGCGGAGAUCGUGCGCGCCCUCGCAUGGUUGGAAGCGCAUCCUAACCAGGAGAACAAACACUAA